AUGAAUUAAGCAACUCCUAAAUCUUCAGGAAUCAAUUAUGCAAGUAAUUUUUUCUAAUAUUAAGAAUUAAGAAAAUAAAAUCGAAGGAAUCUACUAUUUCCAAAACAUUUAAUAAGAAUUUGUAGUUUGAUAAUCAAUAAAAUAAUUAAUAUAGAUUUGAAAAAUAUUAGUGCAUUUCACAGAAUAAUAUUAAGGAAGACUAUUAAUCCUAAUAGAAAAUUUCACUUUUCAAAUAAUAUUUCUAUAAAUCCUAACAUUUAUUGCCAUAUAUAGAAUUUGUAACUAAAUAAAUAUAAUAUCAUUCUAAACCUAUUUAAGUAUUCUUUCUUUUACUUUUUCAUAAUACUAAUAUUUUUAAGUAUUGCUAAAGAAGAUGGGAAGAGGACAGAUAAAUAAUACUGA